GAUACACACAAGUGAUUUUUCAGAGCACGUUUUCGGAGAUUAUUCGAAGAAGAUUUCUACUAACAAGAUGGACAGCUGGAGGAAGAUGAAACAUUCUUUCAGCUUCUGCAUCUUUUUUGUAGUUUUAUCACACCAUGGUACCAAAUCCUUCGAACAGGCCACAGCAGAAGGCGACAUCAUUAUUGGAGGAUUGUUUCCGAUUCACGAAAGCGUUAAUGUCACUGUGAAUUAUGAUGGCAGUGAAAACCAGAUAUGUGACAGGUUUAGCAUGGCUAACCUGGUCCAGUCUCUGAUAAUGGUGCAGGCGCUGGAGGAGAUAAAUCAGAAGCAAGAGUUGGGGAACCUCACCUUGGGAUAUCUUAUACUUGACUCCUGUGGUGACGUUACUACCUCCCUGAGAAAAAUCCCGUCCUUUAUGAGGGGAAACUGUAACACUAGUGCACAGCAGUCUUCCCCUGUCCUUGCUGUCAUUGGUGGUUACUACUCAGAGAUAGCCAUAGCAGUUACAAGGCUACUCAACCUGGAAUAUAUACCUGAGAUAAGUUAUGGUGCAACCUCUGGCCUUCUAAGUGAUAAAACCCGUUUUCCAAGCUUUAUGAGGACUGUACCACAAGAUAAUCACCAAGCUCGUGCCAUCUCCGAGAUUCUUGAUAAUAAUGGAUGGACUUGGGUUGGUGUGCUGACAACCGAUGGUGAAUAUGCUCGCUAUAUAACUGAGCGGCUCUGGUACUAUACAAACCAAAAAGGCAUCUGCUUCGCCUUCACCUCUGUUCUUCCAGAUAAUUUAAAUGAUUAUUUGCUGGGAAAGAGCAUUGAGUCUACAGUCAAAACCAUCAUAGAUAAUGAAAACGUCAGUGUCAUUGUGUCCUUCGCGAAACCUGACCAUAUGAUGUAUAUUUUUCAAAAACUUCUCAAUGAUCCUCAAGGAACAAGGAGAAUUUGGUUGGCCAGUGAUAUUUGGUCACAAUCACCUGAAAUACUGAAUACAAAAAAACAUACUUUGAGUGACAUAGGAACAAUCAUUGGGAUCACUUUUAAAUCUGGAAACACAACCAAGUUGAAGCGAUAUCUCGAUGACCUUGAUGAAAAUCCAAGCCACCACAACAACAACCCAUUCUUGUCUACAUUUUUAAAGCAGCAUGGGUCGACUUCAUCAGAGAAGUUAAAGACUAUGAUAUAUCCAUCUGCUGUGUUCAGUAUAGAACUGGCGGUUAAAGCAAUAGCUCAGGCUGUUGAAGACCUCUGCACUGACAGAGACUGCAAGACAAAACGCCCAUCCCCAUUGGAGUUACGAGGAGCCCUAUGGAAGGCAAAGUUCCACAUGGAUGGGAAAAACUAUUCAUUUGAUCCCCAUGGUGACCUCAACACUGAAUACGAUAUCGUCCUAUGGAAGCAGACUUCAGAGUCUCUAGACGUAAAUGACAUUGUAGCUCGCUACAGUAUAUUGCAAAAUAGCCUGACGUUCAUCUCGCAGGAAACAAAACAUGCUUUCUACAUUUACAUUGGAAACGUGACUUCCAGGUGCACAGACAGCUGUCAGCCUGGCUACAGUAAGACUUCAGUUUCGGGCCAGCCUCGUUGCUGCUAUCAGUGUGAACCCUGUGCUGAGAACACCUUUUCCAAUACCACUGAUUCGGAGAAGUGUAAUCCUUGUGAAAAAAACUAUUACUCCCUAAAAGGCAGUUCAAAGUGUUUGCCAAGAAAAAUAGAUUUUCUGAAAUGGGAUGAUGUAUAUCUUAUUGUGCUGCUGUCUUUUACUUCUUUAGGAGCAGUGCUUACCAUUGUUGUUGGGAUCAUCUUCCUUGCACACUGGAAUACCCCUGUUGUGCGCUCAUCUGUUGGCCCAAUCAGCAUCAUUCUCCUCCUCUCCCUUAUGAUCACAUUUACUAGUGUUAUAUUAUUUGGUGGUCCACCCAAUAGCUAUCAGUGUCAAGCACGGCAGGUGGUGUUUGGCUUGAGUUUUACCUUGUGUGUCUCCUGCAUCAUGGUCAAGUCCUUUAAGAUCGUCUUAGCCUUUGAGUUUGACCCGGUCAUUCAAAGUGUGCUGAAGAAGCUCUACAAGCCUUACCUCAUUAUUGCAGUCUGCAUGGCAGGUCAAGUGGUUAUUGUUACAACGUGGCUUAUACACAGUCCUCCAACUGCUGACUCAGAGAUCACACAGAACAACAUGAAACUGAUGUUUUGUAAUGAGAAAUUAAUUCCUGCAUUUGGAGCCAUGUUAGUCUAUAUUGGCCUUUUGGCUCUCAUCUGCUUUGGUGUUGCUUUUAAGGGACGAAAGUUGCCUGACUGUUACAAUGAUGCAAAGUUCAUCACUUUUGCAAUGCUCAUUUACUUCAUCUCCUGGAUCAUGUUUGGUCCAGUCUAUGUCAAUGUCACAGGCAAGUACAUUCCAGCAGUGGAGAUGGUUGUUAUCCUCAUCUCAGCCUACGGCAUCUUGUUUUGUCAGUUCUUCACAAAGUGCUACAUUAUUCUGUGUAAGAAGGAAGCAAACACAGAGAAAUCAUUCCGCCGGGAUAUUAGGAAUUAUUCCAUGGAUCACAAAGGCAGUGAGGAUGAGCUGUCAUCUAAGGGAAUUCAAAACCCUACUUUAUCUUUAUCUUUGGAGUCAUUCCCAAAUUCCCAAUUUUCAGACUCAAUCACUGAUUGGAGUUCCACCAGGCAGCCUAGUGAUUCCUCAAACUCUCUCUCCCCAGUCUCGAACCCACAGCAAAACAUACUUCAGAACAACCUAAAUUCCUCUAACACCCUAAAGAGAAUUUCAAGCUUGCCAAUAUCACUAAUAAAAUAAUUCACAAUUAUUAAGAAGGCAACAUAAUGUUUAGAAUUGCAGCACAAAGUGGAAUAAAUAUGAAAGUCUGUGCAUUUUUAGGACUGCCACUAACAUUUUAAGUAAUGGAUAAUAAGCACAUUAUUUUCUGAUUCAUUCAAUUAGUUUGUGUCUUAAAAUUUGUAAUUUCCAACAAAUUGUAAUGUGUUUGGUCCACACUGUUGAUGUAAAAAUCCCCAAAACUGAUAAUAUUUAGUUGAUUUCAACAAUUUUAGGAAUUGACAGCAUUCUGCAUCUUUAAGUAGAUGGAUUGACUGGUUCACAGGAGGAUGCUUGCAAAGCCACUACAGACUGUUUAUACAUUCAUCCAUUCUCUUCUGCUUAUCCUCAUCAGGGCUGCGGGGUGUGCUACUACAGGGUACACCCCGUACAGGUCACCACCCAGAUGCAGUGCUAACACAUAGAAACAACCACUCACAUUCACACCUGUGGGCAAUUUAGAUUCACCAGUCGGGCUUGCUCAGAGUGGUAUGGCUGUAAGCUUGCAGACUGUUUGGUAUUCUUCAAAUCAUCAUUAUCUUGCAGAUUUAUUGUUCUAUUAUUCUGGAAUCACUGACUCGUUGAGUCAGGGUUAAAGGUCAAAAGAAUACGACACAAUAAAUAUAAAGAAAACUUUUUAAAAUGUAAAACAUUUGAAAACUUGUAAGCAUCUUUCUGCAAUUCUGUAGGGCAUAUUUGUUGGUGGUGCCUUUUAACAUUAUGUUGAUGAUUUACUGACACAGAUUUGUUACAUAUUUGAAUUUGAUCAUGUAUUCUGUUAUAUUUUUGUAUCUAAAGGCUUAGUGACUAUAUAUAAGAAAUACACAUAUACACUCACCAGCCAUUUCAUUAGUUCAUCAGUUAACUCUUUUCCGGACAGUGUUGGGAACCCUUUUGGCUAACCAUAGAGAUGGUUGAGUGGGAAACCUGUUGGAUUAGCAGUUUUUGAAAUACUCAGAUAAACAACCAUGUCAUGUUCAACGUAAUUUAAAUAAUCUUUCUACCCCAUUCUGAUACUUGCUUUGAACUUCAGCAGGUCAUCUUGACCAUGUUUACAUGCCUAAAUGCCUAGAGUUGGUGAAAAAUGAUUGGCUGAUCAGAUGUUUGCAUUAACAAGUAGUUGAACAGGUGUACCUUAUAAAAUGGCCUGUGGGUGUAUAUGUAAGAGAAUAACUUUUAGAAAUUUUUUUUAUCAUCUGUUUGUGUAUUGGGUUCUUAAAGAGUACUUCAAUUCCUUGUAAUUGUUCAUUCUUUCAGUGUUUCGGCCAAAUCCUGAACUUCAACAGGUAACAAACUGAUGAGCAGGCAGCAUCCAUUUCUAUGUGUUCAUGUUGCUACAGUAGAAUCACUGUGGUGAUUGGUUUAAAAUGUCUCUUUGUGCUGGUUUUCAUUUUCGCUCUGUGUUUUCAACUUGUGUUCAUACCUAAAUCCUUACUACUAAUCCUCAUUAGGAUCAGGAUUUGUGUUGGUGUGUGGGACUUUAGUCUCAGGUGUAUAUUGUUAAAUGGUAACUAUGAGACAAUGCAUUGCAGAUAAUGACCAAUGGAGACCGGGAACACCCCACAAGAGCUUCAGUUCUGGAGAUGCUCUUACCCAGUCGUCAAACUAUCAUAAUUUGGUCCUUCUCAAACAAGCUCAAAUCUUAGGCUUGACAAAAUGUUCACUUGUUCCAUAAUAUAUCCAACCCACUAACAGAUGCUGUAAUGAAGAAACAAUCCAAUGUUAUUGACUUCACCUAUCAGUGGUCAUAAUGUUAUACCUGAUAUGUGUAUGUUUGUUCUUUCUUGAAUCAAUUAAAAGGAGAGUUUGCCAGACGUAGAGUUUAUAUUCCUAAAACCCUGCCCCUACUAUCUGCCGCGGGAAUUCUCAGUUGUGUUUUUGGCUAUUGUUUACAUUCAGCCACAAGCUAGCUCCGCAGCAGCGCUCGGCAAACUCCAUGACGUCAUCAGCGCAUUAGAGACAACUCAUUUAUACGCUGUUUUUAUCGUCACUGGUGACUUUAAUAAGUGCAACUUAUGGACUGUACACCCAAAACAUCAUCAACAUGUGGCCAUUCCUACCCAUGACAAGAACACCCUGGGUCAUGUCUACAGUACAACCCCACAUAGCAAAAUUGGUAUGGCCCGGAUCUGGCCCACACAAUGUGCUUACUCAUGGCCCACAUACCGCAAAGAAUGACGGCCCUUUGGUGGCCCAGAUCUGGUUUGCCAGAGGUGGCCCAUACAUGCUUCAAGACCACAACCCUCAAUCCGUCUCCCCAAGAAAAGCCCAGCCACCUGCCUAAAUGACUACAAACCAGUUGAACUCACUCCAAUCAUUGCAAAAUGCUUUGAGAGAGUGGUGCUGGCCUACAUCCAGAGAAACAUCCCAGACACUCUGGAUCCCCUGCAGUAUGCCUACCGGGCCAAAGGGUCCACGCCAGAUGCCAUCGCUGCUGCCCUUCACUAUUCCCUCUCCCAUCUGGAAAACAAAGACUCAUCCAUCAGGGUACUUUUUGUUGAUUACAGCUCCAAUUUCAAUACAUUCAUCCCUAACAAACUCACUCACAAGCUGGCAACAAUCGACCCACACCCACCCUCUGUGACUGGCUACAGGACUUUUUGACUGGCAGGCCCCAGUCCGCCAGGAUCGGCACCAGGACUUCAGCCAGCAUUAUUACAAACACAGGCGUUCCACAGGGUUGCAUCUUCAGUCCCAUUCUCUACACCCUGUACACCCAUGACUGUGUCACAUCCAACAAGGACAACACCAUAUUGAAGUUCGCAGAAGCAGCUUUAGAUACCUGGGUGUCUACAUCACUGAGGACCUCACCUGGUCACUGAACACCACACAGCUGGUCAAGAAGGCUCAACAGCGGCUGUACUUCCUGAGGAGGCUGAGGAAAUUUGGUUCGUCGGGCAAGAUCCUCAGCAGGUUCUACAGCUGCAUUGUGGACAGCACAUUGACCAGCUGCAUCACUGCAUGGUACGGCAGCACUACUGCUAUGGACCGCAAAUGCCUGCAGAGAGUGAUAACAACUGUGGAGAAGAUCAUCGGGACCCCGCUGCCCUCUCUGCAAAGCAUCUACCAUCACAGAGUCCAAAGGAGAGCUGCCUCCAUUCUCAAAGACUUCACACACCCCCAACAUAGACUGUUCACUCUUCUGCCCUUGAGACAAAGGUUUAGAAGUGUGAAAUCCAGAACAUUCCGACUCAACAAUUCCUUCUUCCCCACUGCUAUCAGACUCUUGGACAGCUGACCUAUUUUUAACUAUAAUAAUAAUUUGUGCACAUCAGGCACAUUAAGCCAGCACAUUAAGCUCAUAGAUAUUUUGAACACACAUCCAUUUCAAGCUUAAAUUUGUGUCUUUAUUUAUUUAUACUGUUUUUAUUUAUCAUUUCUAUUUCCCUAUAUUAACCGGCAUUUUUGUGUGGACAGCAAAGAAAGAAUUCCAUUGCACAGAGAAAUGCUUUCUUAGUACAUAUGACAAUAAAUGCUU